AUGUUCAGGCAUUGGAGAGUUAGUGUAAAACGAAGAAACCCUAUGGCAACAUGUCCAUCUUCCCUCUUUCACACGUGGGAGACGCUACUUCAAGAGGUGGAAGCAGACGUCUUGGGGUAUAAUAAUGCAGCCCAGUCACUGGAGAGGCUGGUAGCCACACCGCUCAUGGACCGCACCUUUCACAUGAAGGUCCAAGCGAGAAAGCUAUUUGCGCAUCGGGAGGGCUGCGAAGUCAUUCUCGGAAAAGCUGAUGACCAACUUAACAUGAGUCGUGAAGACUACAGAGGAGCUUUCCUGAACUACUGCACCAACCCAAAUCCAGCUACUUUAGCAACCUACUACGAUUCACAUAAUACGUAUGUGCAGCAACUGACGGCCACCAACGCGAUGUUGGAUCAGUACCACAAGCAUACGCUUCCGACCAUUUUGCAGGAAUUGGAAGAAAUAUUAACUGAUGUAACGUCGGCUGUCAGUGAGGCUAUUUGGCAAGAAGGCGAAAUAAUUACAGAUAAGAGCAACGCUCAGCUUCGUCGGUACGAGUCUCUCUGCGCCCAAGCUCGCGCAGUGUCUAGUACCGCAGACUUGGCUCACUUGGCGCGUACACUACUAACCGCCCAACCGUCGAUGCGCCCACCUAAGAGGACCUUCUUGCCACCUUACCCACCAGAACCUGAUGAUCCAGCACUAGAUGUUCCUGCGGAGGUUAUGCCACCAAUUCUCAAGGGAGAAAUUCUUUUUGACCGGAUGGGUGCGCAAGCGCGUGUUAACUACGAACAACUUCGCAAAGAUGCCCAAGAUCUUGAAAUGAAGAUCAAACAACUACAAGAUAGCCUUGAUGCUUUAUCACGGCAUCAGACCAGAGGCAUCGAAAGCAACCUCUACAGCAAAGUAAACGAGAUUCAAGAUGAUAUGUCCAAGAACAAAUAUGACUACAGGGCGACGCAGUUACAUCUAGCUGCAGUUAGAGCUCAGGUAAGUUUAUAUGCCAUUGUUUGA